AUGGCUAUCCAAACACCAAGACAACGUCUAGCAAACGAAAAAUGGGCCAAGAAGAAUGAAAAGAAGCUUGGAAAACCAAAGGUUAAGGCUAAGGACCAGGCCUCGAAAUUACCAAUUUCCAAGCCUUGGGUUAUUGGGCUACUGUUCCUACUUAUCGGCGGUGGUGUGUUGCAAUUGAUAUCGCUUUUGCUAUGA